AUGGUGCUUUCUCUAUCCCGGUAUGACGAGGACGAUCCUCGGAGCGUUUAUAAGGCCAAGAAGCUGAAGGCAUCCGUGCAAAUCAAAUCCUUCAAGAGUGCUCAUACUGGAAUUAUCAAGAGCGACCCAGACGGAAAGUCAAUUGCGGAUUUGCAAUCGUCGCCAAUAGCUUCAACCGCAAACUCUUCUUAUCGCAGUCACACUGGACAUGGACGCUCUUCUGUAUCCCCAAUCGUUCAAGUUGCCCCGGAAUCUACUACCCCGGCAUCUACUACCCCGGCAUCUUCGUCAUCUACGUCAUCCCAUACCAAUGAUCCAAACUACUACGGUUAUGAACCAGAUGCCCGCGAGGAUCGUUCCAAUACCGCUACAACUCGCAGUGUGCCU